UUCCAUCAUUUCUAAACCAUAGGAAACUUUGCUGCCUUAAAAUUUUGUGUGAGAACGCUGAUCUAACCAAAUAAUGGCAGAAGAAGCUGAUUCAGAUGAAAAGAGAAUUUUGGCUCAGUUCAAAAGUGAAAGUGGAGAUGUCACAGGAAAUGCAUUUGAUUUACCUUUAAAUAUCACAGCAGAAAAACUGCAGAUGAUCUGCAAUGCUUUGUUAACAAAUGAAGAUCCUAUCCCUUACUCUUUCUUUGUCAAUGAUGUUGAAGUUACUGACAGCCUCGUGAAGGCACUGGAUGCUAAAGCCUUAGAGAACACAGAGCAGGUCCUGGAUAUUGUUUACCUUCCUCAGGCUAUAUUUAGAGUGAGGGCAGUAACAAGGUGUACCAGUACAAUCCCUGGCCAUGCAGAAGCUGUCAUUUCUGUAUCAUUUAGUCCUGAUGGAAGGUAUUUGGCUAGUGGUUCGGGUGAUACAACUGUACGGUUUUGGGAUGUCCAAACAGAAACUCCUCAACAUACUUGCAAAGGUCAUAAACACUGGGUGUUAUGCAUAGCUUGGUCACCUGAUGGCAGGAAGUUAGCCUCAGGUUGUAAAAACAGUCAAAUUUGUAUAUGGGAUCCAGAAUCUGGCCAACAGAAAGGAAAAUCUCUAACAGGACAUAAACAGUGGAUAACCUGGUUGUCAUGGAAACCUUUUCAUUUAGAUCCAGAAUGCAGAUUCCUUGCAAGCAGUUCCAAAGAUGGUACCAUAAAGAUUUGGGACACCCUGUUGAGUCAGUGUCACAUUACCCUGUCAGGUCACCUUCAGUCGGUGACCUGUAUCAAAUGGGGUGGUACUGACCUCAUUUACUCUGCCUCCCAGGAUAGGACUGUCAAAGUGUGGAGAGCAGAAGAUGGUGUUUUAUGCAGAACAUUACAAGGUCAUGGUCACUGGGUCAACAUCCUGGCACUUAGUACUGACUAUGUCAUGAGGACAGGAGCAUUUGAUCCAGCUAAUGCAAAAAUAGUACCAGCUGACAUUCAAGAAUCUGCAGAGAAGUUGUCCAAAAUUGCCAAAGAAAGAUAUGAAAAAGCAAAGGGAAAUGGUCCUGAGAGACUUGUGUCAGGUUCCGAUGAUUUUACUUUGUAUCUAUGGCAACCUGAGGAGGACAAGAAACCCGUGACCAGGAUGACCGGUCACCAGCAACUGAUUAAUGAUGUUCGGUUUUCUCCCGACACCAGACUUGUAGCCAGUGCCUCGUUUGAUAAGUCUGUCAAACUAUGGGAUGGAAAAAAUGGAAAGUUUUUGGGGACAUUCCGAGGUCAUGUGAACCGAGUGUACCAGGUCACCUGGUCAGCUGACAGCCGUUUAUUGUGUAGCGGAAGUUCUGACUCCACCCUCAAAGUCUGGGACGUCAAACUGAAGAAACUAUUAAUAGACCUCCCGGGGCAUUCUGAUGAGGUGUAUGCUGUGGAUUGGAGCCCUGACGGACAGAGGGUGGCUAGUGGGGGCAAAGACAAAGUCCUCAAAAUAUGGAGAAAGUAAUGAACUGAAAGAAGAAAAACAUGCUGAAUACAUAAUUUUAUGUACUGUGAUAUCAAUGGGGGAAAAAUAAGAAUAA